UGUUCAAAAAUAAAACAUAAAAUUUGAGGAACGCACAUCGAUUUAACCAAAAAUUCCUCAAAAAAAUAAUUUUUUCUGCUCAAAACUGCCAAAAAUGAGUUCCCAAGUGAGUUUGAGCUCCGAUGAAGUCGACGAUCGUUGUGUGGAACCAAGACAAGCAAAUCAAACCGAAGAAAAGAAACCUCUAACCCCGGGACGCGAAAAACUCCAAUCGUGGCUCGAUAAAAGUCUCAGAAUUGUGAUGACAGACUCCAGAAUCCUUGUGGGCGACUUUCUUUGCACCGAUCGAGCUGGAAAUGUAAUUCUUGGAAUGUGCUACGAAUACACAGAUGAGGCGGCGGAAGGCAGAUAUUUGGGUUCCGUGAUGGUUCCUGGGAAGCACAUCGUAAAAAUGGAAGUAGAUACGUCGGGAAAAGCUCCGAGUUAUCGUGCCAGCAAUAAAAUGGCUUAUGAUCAACAACAACAAAUUAAUUAAAAUUAAUAUUUAUUUUUUUUAAAUAGUAAUUUUUCGUGUUUUCUACGUUUUUUUCGACUUUUAACGACGUUUUUUAUUUUUUAAGGAUAAGUAACUAAUAAAAAAAUAGCAAGCAGCGUU